AAAAAAAUAUACAAAAUUUGUCUGCUCUUCUUGUCUCUCUCUUUUCUCGCUUAGCCGUUUAAAGCUAUAACAAAGCCCUGAGACUUGUAAAAGCCUCCAACUUUACAAAUCUCAGCCGCCACUUUUGUUCAAAUGGCAAAGAAGAAGGUGUCACGUAACUCCAAUGGAGCUUCCAGUGAGGAGCAACAAAAGCAGAGCCAGAGAGAUGCUUCGAUGACUUACAAGAAACCGGCGGAGCUGAAUGGAGAGUUUUCAACGAAGGACAAUGACUCGUCGGAGGAAAAGUUUCAAAAUUUGAAGACACUCAAUGCGAUUCUUCUCAAGCAAACGAUGGAGAAGAGACAAGAGAUCGAGUCUCUGUUCCAGGCGAAAGAUGCGUUGGAGGCUGAGCUGACCCGUUACGGAAAGGAGAAGACUUUGCUGAAGGAUGAGUUGCGUGGUUCGGGUGAUGAGAAGUUGAUGUUGAAGAUUCAGAUGGAUCUGUUCAUGGGUUUUGUUGAGAGUCGUGUUAGGGAAAUGGGUUUUGAAGUAGAUGGGUUGGUUAAGGAGAAGAGUGAUGGAGAGUGUGAGAUUAGGGGUUUGAAGAGAGAAGUUAAUGUUUUGAUGGGGAAGUUGGAGAGUGAGAGGGAUGAGUUUAGUAGGGUUUGUGGUGAGAGGGAUUUGAUUAAGAGUGGGUUUGAUUUGCAGUGUGAGGAGAUGAAUCGAUUGAAGGAGAGUGUGGUGAAGUUAGAGAUGAAAGAAGUGAGUUUGGGUGAAGAAGUUUGGAGAUUGAAAUCUGAGAAUGGUAGAUUGGUGAAGGAGAGGGAGGAGAGAGAUGAGUUAAUUGAGCAGGCUAAUAAGGAGAGGGGUGAAAUGGAGAAGGAACUUAAGGAGAAGAUUAGGGAGAUUGAUGGAUUGAAGUGUGAGAUCAAAGGGGUUAUGAGAGAGAAGGUGGAGAUAGAGAUGGUUAAGCGUGAUCAAAAAGAGAUGAUCUUGGAGUUGGAGAAAAAGUUGGGAAAUUUGAAUGAGAUUGUGAAGAGUUUGACAAAGGAAGAGGUGAAGUUGCGUGAUCAGGUUAUUGGGUUAGAGAAGAAUCUUGAUGAGGUUAUGGAGGAAGGGAAAGUGAGGGCAGAGCAGAUAAAUGCAUUGGUGAAAGAGAAGUCUAUUAAGGAAUCUGAGCUUGAGGGUGUAUUGGUGGAGAACGUUUCAAUUAAGAAGGAGAUGGAGAUGGCUCUCCUGAAAUCCUCUGAAAAGGAAAAGUUGGUUGACCAAUUGGUGCGCGAGAAGAAUGAGCUUGUUGAGCGUAUUGUUAACCAGGAGGCUGAGGUUUUUGAGCUGAGUAAACUGGCGGAUGAGCAAAAGCAUGUUGCAUUGCAGCUGCAAAAGGAAUGCGAUGAGCUAACCAAGACUAGUGAGAAGCUUAGCAGCAAUGUUAGCCAGCUGAAGGAUGCUUUGGUGCUAGCUGAGGUUGAGAGAGACAAUGCUGGGAAGGCUCUUCAGGAUAAAGUUUUAGCAUUGGAGAAAAUGGUUGAAGCUACUGGUAAAGAGCUUGAAAAGAUUAAGGCUGAGCGAGGGAGAUUGAUUAAAGAGAAGAAGGAAUUGGAGAAUCGAUCUGAGUCAUUGAGAAAUGAGAAGGGUAUCCUUCAGAAAGAUAUAGUAGAACUCAAAAAAGCUAUGGGUGUUCUGAAAACAGAACUAGAGUAUGCUAGAACCAAUGCAAAAAACAGUCUAACAAUGCUGAAGAGUGUGUCCACUCUAGUAUGUGGAUUAGAAAACAAAAAAGGCGAGAAGAAGCGUGAAAAGGGAAUGGAUUCUUACUCUAUGGAGCUCGAAGCAAUCAAGAAAGCGUUCAAGAACAAAGAAAGCAUGGUUGGGGAAAUGAAGAAGGAAGUUGAGAAAAUGAAGCAUUCGGUUCAAGAUGCAGAGAAGAAGAAGAGCUUUUGGACCCUUGUAUCAUCUAUUACUUCUCUCUUUAUGGCUGCUUCUGUUGCUUAUGCUGCUUCUAUCAAGUGAACCACUUGAAGAUGGUAUUACACCUCUAAGUCCCAGAAACCUUACCGCAUCCCAAUUCUAAAAAUUUUGUUGUUUAACUUCUAAACCAUUGUGAGCAUCUUAUGAGAUGUAAACUUUUUCUUAUCCCUUUCAUGUCUAUCUCUUUGUCUGUGAUUCUACUACUUUUCUCUCAGAACAUGUAGUUGAUUUUCAGAAACUCUAAUAAAAUUAUCUGUUUCAUAUUCA